UAUUUUUCAGUUAUAUAGUAUAACAGAGUCAGAGUUGAAACGACUAACGUUACGAACUCUAUUCAAAAAUACAGUCAUGAAGAUUUUUAUCGUAUGCAUUGCUCUUGGAGUCGGUCUCGUUUCAGCUGAUCCUUACGAUCAUCCUCACCCACAGAAUGGGGAAUGGUCAAACUGGGGACCAUGGAUGGGCUGUUCAGUAACUUGCGGUGGUGGUAGCGACACAAGAAUGAGAACAUGUCAGUCUGGAACUUCCGGCGGCAUUGAGGACUUGCUGCCUCUUCUUCUUUUAUCCGGUGGAUUCGGUGGUGAUUCAAGCUCAGCACUCGAUAUGUUACUUCCAUUCCUUUUGCAAGGUGGUAACGGCGGAGGGUUUGGUGACAACCCACUUGCAAUGUUGGCACUUCUCGGAGGACUUGGCGGAGAUUCGACCGACAGCAGCUCAAGCUCAAAUUCUCUGUUGCCAUUACUGCUAAGUGGACAGAACAUUGAUCCAACACUUCUUCUUCUCUUGUCUGGAUCCAACUCAACAAUCGACCCACUCACACUACUUAUUCUCGGAGGCAUGGGCGGGCAAACUGAAACGCAGAAAUAUUGCUAUGGAUCACGAAUGGAAACAAGAACUUGUAACCAACAAUCUUGCCCAAGUCCAGUCAACUGCCUUUCACAGUGGGGACAAUGGGGUGAAUGUUCAAACGGUUGUGGAGCUGGAAACAAGAUCCGCUCUCGUACUUGCAAUUGCCAUGACUCUAUGUCUACAUACCGAUGCAACGGCGCUCAACUUUAUGAACACGCACAAUGCUCUUCCUAUGAUGCAUGCCCAGCAACCACAACCAGAAUCAUCACCACCACAACCAGACCCCCAGUCAACUGUCUUUCCCCGUGGAGCGAAUGGGGGGCAUGCCAAGCCACCUGCGGUUACGGAAUGAAAAGCCGAACUCGCAGUUGUAACUGCCACAAUCCUUCAACCGGAAUGCUCAACUGUAACAACGCAAUGCUUUAUGACCACACCUCUUGUUCUUCAGGAAUCCAGUGCGGCAUUGUUAUUCCCGAAACUCCCAUCCCAGCCACUGGACAAUGGGGCGAUUGGACCGCUUACGGCAGUUGCAUUCCAUCUGGAACCAGAUGUUACAAAGAGAGAACACGUACUUGCCCUGAUAAAAUGUGCGACGGAUCUUUCAAACAAUCUAUCGAAUGCACAUGCCCAUACUGCCAGGUCGAUGCUGAACAAAGACAGGAAUGUGGCUACGGUGGAAUCAGCAGAGAUGCUUGUAAGCAACAAAACAAUUGCUGCUAUGAUGAUUCUGUCCCAGGAACUAUCUGGUGCUUCAAACGCAACAACGCAUAAUCUCCGAAAGAGGAAAACUAUACCAAGACAAAAAGCCGCAGAUGAAUACAUAUGCCAAAAACUCAAGCACUAGAAUAAAAAUUUUAAACAUUAUAUAUUAUAUUUUACCUGUCAGUGCAUUGAAUUUUGGACGAUUUGUCGAGUUUUCUAUAUUUUUAUAAAAACGACUAUAUAAAAUUAAAUAAACUGAUUAUUAAAUUGAUAUCACUCACCAUUUAACGGUCUGUUUGAUGUUUUUCAACUGUCGCAUUUUACAUUUUACGUAUUUUGAUUACAUUAGCGAUUUGAUAACAAUUUUACCGUCAUUUCGGCUGGUUCGGUAUUUUCAAUCAUGGAUAUUUUCAAUCAAUUGUUUUCCUGCAUAUAAUUUUGGAAUGUGUCGAAUAUAUUGUCCAUGUGGUACCUUCGCUGAUUAAUUAAUUUGUUUGCAAUUUUGAUAUCCAGAAUAAAAGUGAUUAUCAUAUAAA